CAGACUUUGAUCACGCCCCGACUGAGGCAUGGCUGCUCUGUGGAGGUCAAUUCGGCAUACUCGAAAAUACCGAGGCACAUUUUGUAAAUAUUUAGAAUUCCGGCGCUGUUUAUUGUCUGACAAUUAUCAAUGUCGAGAAGCAUGGCAAAAUUAUCUCAAUUCACCAAUUCUAACGCAAGUCGAAUUUGGUUAUCUUUCUUACCAAAUGUAUACAAAAUUUGAUAAUCAAGGCUUCAGCAGUUUAAUAGAUAUGGACAUCCUUGCCAACAAAGUUCAGACGAUGCAUAAACGUGACCAUGAAUACCUGCAGAGAAUAAUGAAAAUGUUUAGACAAAGCAGGGAUGCAUUUCCUAUACGUGACUCCAUUGUACAUGGUAUUGUACGGAACUACUUAGACAAAGGGAUGGACAAAGAACUUAUGCAAAUGCUACAGGACAGGAAAACAUUUGGUUUAUUCCCUGAUCCUUACACAUUCAAUCUGUUGAUGGACCACUUCCUCAGGCUCGAACAGUACCCUGAGGCUGCGAAGGUGGCGUAUGAGUUAAUGGUUCAGGAAGACUUCAGUGAUCAGUUGAACUUCCUCUUGUCCUUGUACACAUGUACUAAGCACCUGACACAGACAGCUAUCAUGGAUGCCCACAUCAAGACUGAAGACCCUGAGGAUGAAAUCGAUGACGAUGACGAUGAUAACAUAGAGUGGGUGGCCGUGAAAGUAUUCCAAGCCCCACACUAUGACGAUCACUUCGACAUUCAGUGCGACCAGUACAAACUUGGCAAGACUCUGUACAUGCUCGGCUGCGUCCAGGGGGAGGGCCUCUUGGGACGAACACUACAGAUAACGGGCCUGGCCCUGUAUAACAAGUUCGACAAGGCUUUGAGUCUGCUGACACAGUGGCAAAAGUCUGGAGAGAAGCAGGUGGUUAUGGAAGAAGCGAUGAACAAGUUGAAGGAACUGCUGGAUGAAGCUCCUACCAGAGAUCCAGAUGCCCCUGAGAAAGAAUAUACCAGGCGGACACUGAAGGAUAGUAUUCUUAAAGGAAACCUCACGCCAGAAGAAAAAGAAAAUUGUACAAAAAAACUAGAGGUAUUGUCUAAGAAGCUUGAAAAGGAUGCCCAGCUAUCCAGCGAUUCUCUGUGGACUACUGUGAAUACAUUUGUGACAGAAAAGUUGAGAAACUGUGAACAGGCAGACAUGGAUAAUUAUGUAAAACGGUUAGAGUCGUGGGAGGGUGAGCGUAAGGUUAUGUUUGAUCAGCAGGUAGAGGAAUAUCUCCGUAGUGAGAAGAUAGAAGAGAUCUCACAGAAACUUGCAGAACUGCAAGAAAAAGAGGAGAUCCUUAAAUUCUUUGAAAACAAACAGCAAAUUAAGAGGGCAUUCAUAAAAGCUCCAUGGGAAAAGGAGGAAGAAAGGGAGCUUACACUGGACGAGCUGGAAGAAAAAGAGAGAAACAAAAAGAACAGGAAGAGUGUUCUAUUCAGGAGGCGUCGUUGAUACUUUUGUUGACAAAAAUAGACAUACUGUGGAUAUUUUCAGAAUAAAAGUGUGUGCUUUGUAAGAUGUAAAUGGAGCUAAGUCAGUGCUCAUUCUAUUUGGAAUUUAAGAUAAAAUGCUAUGAUAGUUGUCUGUAUUUCACACACAAUGUAUUACUGAGAUUGUGUAACAAUGCAAAAUCCAUAUUUCAUUUCAUUACCAACUAAAAUGUACAGAAAACAAAAUAAAAGUUUCGUAUGGAAUUUUUCCCAAAAUAUUUUUGUACAUUAAACAUAUUCUUAACGAAAGCUACAAAUAUUUCAGUCUAUUGAAACAUGUUCACACAUUAGGAAUUUUACUGUUAAGAAUUGUGACAAAAUGGAGAAAAAGGGAAUGAAAGUAAUGCUGGUUACUAAAAUUCAUCUGGUUUGACAAUCCUAUUAUUUUAUAAAGAUAAACAAUGGAAGAGUCUGAUUGGUCAGGUGAUCAUCUUAUGGUGUUCACUGUUGUACAAUGUUGGCCUAUAGUGGAAUGUUUAGAUAAUUAUUAUGUUUGCUGUAACUGAUUUCAUUUUAGGACCAUCCAACUAUUCUGAGAUCCUGGUGAGAACUCUUGAGUAAGAUCCUCAUUUGGAAACAAAUUAUUAGGGCCCCACAAAAUGUGGGUGCCCUAUAGUAAUCAGGAUGUCCCUCCAACCGUCAGCACUUUUGCUUCUGGAGAUUAUCUCAUGAUCCAGAUGGCUAAAAUUUCUGAAAUUUCACAUGGUGAUGCACUGAAAUGUGCAAAUGUGCAACAGGGGUUCAAAAAGUUCCUUAGGUCAAGGUCACUGUUACUAAAAUUAGAAUUGGGAAUAUACUGGCCAAACUUUCUGAAAUUUCUUACGAUGAUACAUUGUGAUUAUAUGCAGAUGGGCAAUAGUGGUUCAAAAAAAUCCUAAGGUCAAUGUCGCUGUUACUAAAAGCGGAAACAGGAAUGUACUGUCAAAAAUACAUCAUAUAUAAGGCCCUUACAGAAGGCCAAAUUCAUCUCAAUAACCGAAAGGCCCAGUGUACUUAUAUUAGGCCUGUAGCAUGCUGGGAUGAAGGGUUACCAAGUUUGUUCAAAUGAAUGACCUCGACCCACUUUCAAGGUCACUUGGGUCAGAUGUCUAAAAAUCUUCAAGCCUGCCCAGGGUACUGAUAUUAGGCCUGUAGCAUGCUGGGAUGAAGGGCUACAAAGUUUGUUCAAAUAGAUGAC